AUGAGCAUCGAGACACCAGAGAGUCAGACUGCUUCAUCAGCAUCAACAUCUGCUACUGCAUCUGAAAAUAUCUCCAAAGCCAAAGAGAUUAUCGCACCAACAGAGACACCGACAGCAGAAGAAGAAGAGAAAGAGAAAGACACAUCCAAACCUUCAAUAUACUCCCCAGCAAACCUACUCUCAAGUCUCCUCUCCCCAUUCUCUUUCUCAAGCACGCCUCCAGAGCCAACCACCUCAAUAUCCCCAAAAAACAAAGAAAAAGAGAAGACCAAAGGUCCAACUAGAAUAUCAAUCGAAACCCCGACCUCACACUCAACUACACAAUUCACCCCAGAGCCAUAUUACACUCCCGAAGAGACACCCCUAUUCAAAACCCUGUACAAGACCCGUUUAACAAAAACCCGCACAAAACAACUCCUCCGCGCAGGAGAGCGAGAAUACAAUGACCCACCACCUCCACCAGGACUGGGGGAUUGUUGUGGGAGUUCGUGUGAUCCUUGUGUAAGGGAUUUGUGGAAGCAAGAGAUUGGGAUUUGGAGGGAGAGAUGGGGAGAUUGGGGGAUUGAAGAAGAGGUAGGAGGUUCGAAAGACGAGAAGAAGAGUAAGAAAGAAGAGAAAUUGGCGAAAACGAAAGAUCUGGAAUGGUGA